AUGAAUCCCGACCUCCCCGCUCAGGAGGCGCCUCCGGCCCAGCAGGAGAAGGACGUUGAGAAGGGCGACAGCAGCAGCGAAGACAAUGGCGCUCCUCCUGGCGAGCAUCUUGGUGUGAAACCAACGGAGAACCGCAAGGUCGUCAAUGGAAAGAGAGUUAUCACCGAAGAGGAGGCUUGGCCGAUUCUGGGGUAUUCGUGGCCGACUUGGAAGAAGUGGACGCUCAUCUCGUCGAUUUUCGCUAUUCAAUUGUCGAUGAACUUCAACACUUCGGUAUAUCCGAAUGCUGUGCCGCUCAUUGCAGAGCACUUCCAUGUCAGCGAGCAAGCGGCCCGUGUUGGGCAGAUGAUAUUUCUGGUGCUCUAUGCCUUUGGAUGUGAGUUGUGGGCACCGUGGUCUGAAGAGUUUGGGAGGUGGCCGAUCUUGCAGGGAAGUUUGUUUCUCGUCAACAUCUGGCAGAUUCUGGCUGCACUCGCACCGAACUUUGGCAGUCUGAUCGUCGCACGAGCUCUUGGAGGCCUCAGUUCAGCUGGUGGCAGCGUCACACUCGGUAUGGUUGCCGACCUGUGGGAGGCUGAAGAUCAGCAGUGGGCAAUCGCUUUCGUGGUAUUGUCCUCAGUCGGCGGUACAUCUAUUGGACCCAUCAUCGGUGGCCCUAUUGAGAAGUACCUAUCCUGGAGAUGGAACUUCUGGAUCCAGUUGAUCUUUGGCGGCGCCGUUCAAGCCGUCCAUCUGUUCAUGCCGGAGUCUCGGGCAACAAUUUUGAUGGACCGUGAAGCGAAGCGUCGACGCAAGACUGGGGAAGAUCCUGAUAUUUAUGGUCCCAACGAGGUCAAACAGCCUCGAAUCAGCAAGAAGGAGGUGGGAGUUACCUGGAUCCGGCCGUUCGAGAUGUUCUUCCGUGAGCCCAUCGUUCUCUGCCUUUCAUUGCUCUCCGGAUUCUCAGAUGCUCUCAUCUUCACUUUCCAAGAAGGAUUCAACCCGAUCUACGAGCAAUGGGGAUUUGGAAUAUUGGAGAUCGCUUGGGCUUUCAUCCCUAUCGUCGUAGGGUACUUCAUUGCAUACUUCUCAUACUCCCCUUGGAUAUACCAUGACCAGAGGUUCAUCAAGAGGUACGGACUGGACGCCUUCGUCCCCGAGAGAAGAUUAAAAUGGCUCCUGUACCUUGCACCGCUCGAGUGCAUUGGCUUGUUUGGCUUUGCCUGGACAAGCCUUGGGCCACCCCGAGUCCACUGGAUCGCCCCGAUGAUAUUCUCUGGCCUGAUUGCUAUUGCGAAUUACGGAAUCUACAUGAGUACAAUCGACUAUAUGAUAGCGGCGUACGGCCCUUAUUCUGCAUCUGCGACAGGUGGUAAUGGGUUUGCUCGAGAUUUCUUAGCUGGAAUUGCGGCGAUGUACUCGACCCCUAUGUACAGCAACAUCGAUCCGAACGGCUACCACCUGGAAUACGCGAGCACGAUCCUCGCAUGCCUUGCCUUCUUGGUCACGAUACCAAUUUACAUCUUCUACUGGAAAGGUCCUCAGAUCCGCAAGGCUAGCAAAUUCGCCAUGAGUCUAGACGAGGACAGAAAGGAGCAACAUGGACGGCGGGUUGCCUCGGCGACACCUGAACAACUGCAACCGCACAACCUCUAG